AUGCAUUUAACACCAGACGAAAUUGCUAGAUUGCAAGCGCAGUCGGCUAAUAUCCGAAACAUCUGUAUUCUUGCGCAUGUUGAUCACGGGAAGACUACGCUAUCGGACUCGUUACUUGCUUCAAAUGGAAUCAUUUCUCAGAGAUUGGCGGGCAAAGUCCGGUAUCUUGAUUCUAGACCAGAUGAGCAGCUGAGAGGAAUCACCAUGGAAUCGUCGGCGAUUUCGCUGUAUUUCAAGACUAUUUCACGGGCCCAAGAGACUUCGAUCGUCAACGAGUACUUGAUCAACUUAAUUGACUCUCCUGGCCACAUUGACUUCUCUUCAGAAGUGAGCACUGCUUCGAGAUUGUGUGAUGGAGCAGUGGUUCUUGUUGACGUCGUGGAGGGAGUCUGUUCGCAAACGGUGACAGUUUUGAGGCAAGCUUGGGUCGAUAAGCUGAGACCUGUUUUGGUUCUUAACAAGAUUGACAGACUCAUCACUGAACUACAGAUGACUUCCUCUGAGGCAUAUUUGCAUCUUUCCAAGAUUAUCGAGCAAGUCAAUUCUGUGAUCGGUUCGUUCUUUGUUGGAGAGAGAAUGCAGGAUGAUCUGGUGUGGAGAGAGAAAGUUGAAAGAGGAGAGAUCGAGGAGUUCUUAGAGAAAGACGAUGAGGAUAUCUAUUUUUCUCCAGAGAAGAACAAUGUCAUUUUUGGGUCCGCAAUUGAUGGAUGGGGUUUCAACAUUGCUCAGUUCUCUGUCAUAUAUGAGAAAAAACUGGGAAUCAAAAGAGACCUGUUACAGAAAUGUUUAUGGGGAGACUUCUACUUUGAUCCAAAGUCCAAGAAAGUGAUUCCAGCAAAAGCCCUCAAAGGCAGAAACUUCAAACCGCUGUUUGUCACUUUUGUUCUCGACAGUAUCUGGCACAUCUAUGACACAUGUUUGAUUAACAGGGACACGGAGAAAUUGGAGAAGAUUGUCAAGUCGUUAGGAAUCAAGGUGCUCCCAAGAGAUCUACGUUCCAAGGAUACUAAACAACUACUCAACACAAUUUUCAGUCAAUGGCUUCCUGUUUCAAACGCAAUCUUGCUGACAGUGGUGGAUAAACUGCCUUCUCCGUUGGUUUCUCAAAAGGAAAGAAUCCCACACAUUCUGGAUGCUGCUCCAAGCUCGAAGUUGGUUGAUCCAAAUUUAAAGAAGGACAUGAUUUCCUGUGAUGCCAAGGGGCUUGUCAGCUGCUAUGUGUCGAAAAUGAUAUCCGUUCCUGAAGAUGAGCUCCCUCGCAACCAGAAGCAAGCUAUUGGUGAGCAGGAGCUUUUUGAGCGUGGUCGUAGGGCCAGAUUGGAGGCUCUUAAAGCUGCAGAGGAAGCAAAGAAGCUGGAGAAACCUAAAGAGGAAGACGAGUUUGCUGUCAUCACUGCUUCGGAUGAACCUGAAUGGGAUUUUGAGGAAGAGGAGGACGAGGAUGCACCAGCAGACCUUAAAAAGGAAGUGAUCAUUGGGUUUGCUAGAAUCUACAGUGGAACAGUUUCUGUUGGCCAAGAACUGACGGUGCUGGAACCAAGAUUUGAUCCGUUGCACGCAGAGAAACAUACCAGCAAAGUCACGAUCACAGAAUUGUAUCUUCUGAUGGGACGUGAACUCAUACCUCUGGAAGAGGCAACUGCAGGAAGUAUUGUCGGAAUAGGCGGUUUGGAAGGAAAGGUCCUGAAAAGUGGUACUUUGAUCACACCGGGAGUGGUGGGAGUCAACUUGGCUGGUAUCAAUUUGAACAAUCCACCGAUCGUGAAGGUCGCAUUGGAGCCAGUAAACCCUAUCUACAUGGACAAGCUGGAGCAUGGCCUGGAGCUUCUAAAUCAGGCUGACCCCUGCGUUCAGACCUAUUUGGAGGAUACUGGAGAACAUAUUCUUGCGACGGCCGGUGAAUUGCAUCUGGAAAGAUGUUUGAAAGAUUUGAAAGAGAGGUUUGCAGGAAUUGAGAUCACGGCUUCCAAGCCAGUCAUUCCGUUCAGAGAGACAAUUGUUGGUAAUGUCGAGUUGAAUCCACCAAAAGGUGAGUUUGGACGAGGAGUAGUGGAUAUCAAAUUGGACAAGUAUCAUAUACAACUUGAAACCAGACCACUUCCUGAAGCUGCUACAGAGUUCCUGCUCAACAAUAAAGCAUCCAUCGCAAAACUGGCUCGUCGUGAGGUCAAGGAGGACGAGGACGAGGUGAUGAUUGGAAGUGUUCUAAGCAAAGAACAAUUUUCUCAACAAUUGAAGGAUGCGUUGGAGACUGGUAACAAGUCCAAGAUGAGAGACAAUAUUGACUGGACAGAUACUCAUUUGCGUGUCUGUUCGUUUGCUCCUAAGCGGAUUGGCGCUAAUAUUCUUUUCGAUACCCCAGAAAACCAUCUUCGUCGGUUGUUCGAGGCAGACAACAGAGCCAAGAAGUUUGAGUAUGAGGAUAAUAUACUGCACGGAUUCCAAAUUGCUUGUUUCGAAGGUCCGUUGACAGCAGAGCCUACACAGGGAGUUGCAGUGUUUAUCAAGAGUAUCAAGCUUCUUGAAGAGCCAGUUCUCGUCAACGAUGUGUCUGGUCGGUUGAUUGGUUCUACCAAGGAUGCUAUCCACAAGGGAUUCUUAGACUGGUCUCCGAGAUUGAUGUUGGCAAUGUAUUCUUGCGAUAUUCAGGCUUCUGCUGAAGUUCUGGGUAAAGUGUACGCUGUUAUUCAACGUCGGAGAGGAACUAUCAUUAGCGAAGAGAUGAAGGAAGGAACACCGUUCUUUACGGUUAGUGCCAAGAUUCCUGUUAUUGAAGCUUUCGGAUUCAGCGAGGAUAUUAGAAAGCGGACCUCUGGUGCAGCAUCACCUCAAUUGGUGUUUACUGGCUUCCAAACUAUAGAUGAGGAUCCGUUCUGGAUUCCAACCACCGAGGAAGAACUUGAGGAGCUGGGGGAAUUUGCUGAACGUGAGAAUAUUGCCAGACGUUACAUGAAUGAUGUGAGACGGAAGAAGGGUUUGUUUGUGGACGAGAAGGUGAUUCAAAAUGCCGAAAAGCAGCGUACUCUUAAGAGAGACUGA